UGUGCUACCAUGAUAUCAAGUGACGACGCGAAAGGCUCGCCUGCGCGCAGGGACGCGUUGCAGGCCUGCUAGACCAUUGCUGGUGCUUCUUACCUGCCAUCGUGGGCAUACAUGAUGCUCCCGCCUCGGCCUUCACGCGAGCGCGACAGCUCAAGACAGCACGCCCAUGAUGCGGAGCACAACCCGUGGUGGGCCGAUAUUGUCCUGCUGGCCGCUAUGGCGCUUCUGGCGGCCUGCCUGACUCUGACUGUCAGCUGGAUGCGUGCUGCGGUGGACCCUGUGGAGCGCAUGGAGCGAGCUGGCGGCCUCAGCAUACAGGCGUCGGAGCUAGUACCCGACGCCGUGCGCGUGUCUUUGGACGGCGCAAACCUCACUUCGGGCAUAGAUCUGAGAGGAAAUGGCACGAGUGCAGAGGGCGGCACACAUUAUUCUCAUCGCGCUGUGGAUCAGUCCACGCAGUCUAGUGCUGACGGCUCCGGCGCGGCUCUCGGCGGCGCAACCGCGCAGCCCGGUGUCCACAACGGCAGUAGCAACAGCAGUGGCAGCGCCAGCGACGGUACUGGCAGUAGCAGUGCCAGCAGCAGUGCCGACAGCAGCAGUGUCAAACACAAGGGUAGCGAGCAGGGAAAGACUGUGCACACCAAGCCUGACAUGCUGCAGCUGCUGGCGGCGGCGGAGCUGCAGCCGGUGGUGAUGGCGACUGGCGGGGCCGCCGCACAGGACCCCAGGGUCGCGGCGGCGGUCGCGGGGCACCGCACUAGCUCUUUGAAACCUCUCCAUGAACUAGACGAAGUGCCCGGCGUCUCGCCGCCGCUAGAGGCUGCGCCGCCUGGCGGGCUGCUGGCAGCGGCGGCGGCAGGUGGCGGCAGCGCAGCACGUGCGCCGAGGCGGGGGCGACUACCGCCGAUUGCCAUUGCGCAUCGCGGCGCGUCAGCAGAGCUGCCGGAGCACACGCGUGAGGGAUAUGAGAGGGCUAUUGAAGAAGGCGCGGACUUCAUUGAGUGUGACGUGGUGCUCACCGCGGACCUUGUGCCGCUGUGCCGCCACGAGCCCAACCUGGCCUCCAGCACAGACGCCCUCGCCAAGUUCCCCGACCGCCGGCGCUCCUACGUCAUUGACGGCGAGCAGGUGACGGGCGUGUUCAGUGUGGACCUGACGGCGGCGGAGGUGGCGACACUGCGCGCGGUGCAGCCGUGGCCAUUCCGGGACCAGACCCACAACGGCCGCUACGCCGUGGCCACCUUGGCGGACUACCUGCAGGUGGCGCGGUCUGCCAACCGGAGUGUGGGUAUCUAUACGGAGACCAAGCACCCCACCUGGACCAAUGCGCUGCCCGCGCUCCGCGCCGCCAACAGCACGCUUGAGGAUAUCCUGCUGGCGGCGCUGGCGGCCGCUGGCUUCGACUCGGCCCUGGGCAGUCCGGGCUGGCGGCAGAGGCCCGUGUUUCUGCAGUCCUUCGAGGCCGCCUCCCUGCGCUACAUGGCCCGCCGCAGCUGCGCCCCCAGCAUACUGCUGCUGGGCGACUGGGAAGACUGGGUGGCACCGGACAGCAACCUUACGCUGGCGCAGCUGACCUCAGAACAGUCGCUGUCGGAGAUCGCGGGGUGGGCGGCGGGGCUGGGCAUGUCCAAGAGUUCUCUGGUCAGGUGGCAGCCGGAGGCGGCGGUUGUUGCCGGGGCGGCGGCCGCUGCUGCAGCUGGCGGAGGUGCCGGAUCUGCAGCACUGCCAGCGGCUGCAGCCUCGCAAGCCGCAGGCCAGGCUAAGGCAGCGGGUGCAGGCGCGGGAUCUGUUGGAGCAGGAGGCGCGGUUGCGGCCGCAGCGGCGGCGUCAAAGGCAACGAAGACAGCCGUGAAGCACCGCCGCCGCCUGAGUGCGGCACCAGGCAAGGCGGGCGCGGCGGCUGUGGUGGCGGCGUUAGGCAGCCACGGCGGCACCGGUGGCAGUGCGGCGGCUGCGGCCGGCUUGGCACCGGGUGCGGAGGCGGAGGCGGGGCGCUACGUCAGCACAGGUGUGGUGGAGCGAGCGCAGAGCCACGGUCUGCAGGUGCACAUCUACACGCUGCGGCCGGAGCCCCAGUUCUUUCUGCCACAGCUUGCGCAGCACGUGCGCGGCCGCGACACGCCGCCGCCACUGCCCGGCGCCAACGUGACAGUUGCCGACGAGUAUGAGUUGUUCCUGCAGGAGGUGGUGGCAGUGGAUGGUUUGUUUGCCGACCACAUGCCGUCACUGCAGCAGUGGCUGCGGCAACACCAUCUGGGACGCAGCCCACUGCUGGCGCAGCUGUCACAGCAGCAGGUGGCGGAGGCGGGCGGCGCGGGGCGAGGGGGCGGAGGGGGGAGCGUGGGCGGGAAGGGCGGGCGUGGACAGAAGGGCAAGCGCGGCGGGUCAGGUGGACAGCAGGGACAGCAGGGCCGGGGGCGUGCAGGAGGCAAAGAGGUGGAGACGCGGCCGGCGCAGCUGGGGUCGGGCGGCGGCGCUGAUGCAGUGGAGAUGGUGGAUGCGGAGGCCAAGGCUGGUGGCAGCGGAGGCGGACGGAGGGAGGCGCGUGCAGAUCGCGGUGGCCAGGGCGGUCGGGAGCGGGGAGCCUAUGCAGGCGCGGGUGGUGCGGCUGGAACUGCAGGGGGCAGGGAGCACCGGGCCCGAGUGCUUGACAGCGGCUUGCGAUGUGAGCCCUUCAGAGGUGCUGGUAACCGGCAGUUUCAAGGCCGCUAGGAGCAUGUUGCCCUGUUUUAGGCCAUUUCUUGAGCUCAUUGUGAUUACUGCAGUGCAGUGGUGAUAGCUUAACAGACGAGGACCUCGCAGAAUGCAUCAGUAGGACUGACUGGAUAAUUGAAGGUUGUGCGAUACAAAACUGACGAGGAUGGGCGCCAAAUGACGACGGUCGGCCGCUCGUACACGCACGCAUUGUGGCGGUUUCAGAGGCUCUGAUGCAUGGCACUUAACAUUUUUGCGCAUUUCUUGGUACUCCAUCUGCAUAAGCAAAUUGGCCGUGGAAGCCACAAGCGCUACAUCUUAGGCGAGGUGUUUGAGGCUAGCAUCAACGGUGGGCGCAAGUGCGUGACGGAGGAGGCAGGACAGUGCGGGGCAAGUCAGGGCUGGAGGAAUGUAGGGCUACAUUGGGUGCGUCCCUGGCCUCGCCGGCCUCGCAGGGCGUGCGGCACUGCGGUCGUGUGCCUGGGCGUAAUGGAUGACGGGCGCGCCGGCACACGUCAUGCAUUCGUGGCGUGGUGUUCCAUGGCAUGAUGGCCCUGACAGAAACCUUCUGAUAAUUGCGAGAUAAGUUAAUAAAUUGCUGGCUUUCGCGGUCUGCUGUGUAUCCGCCCCGCGCCCAUGCAGGUACGGCUGUGAGGUGUGGUGACCGGACCACACUGGCGUACCCAGCGCGCACGGGCGCGCACACCAAGGCCCUGCGAGAGUAAAACCCACA